UUAAUAAAUCAUUGACUCAGUUUUCUUUACCAAUAUAAUAUUCUCUGUCUCUCCAUUUUCACCACACAAAUCUCUUUUCCAAAAUCAAACUCGAAACAAAACCAUGGACAAAGAGCAAGAAGACAUGCAAUUUCUUGGUUUUUUGGGUUGCUACAAAGAAUCCUUCAAGAUCAUAUUUUCAUGGAGAAAAAUCUUCACACAAAUCACCUUAACUCUUCUCCUACCACUUUCCUUUAUCUUCCUAUUCCACAUUGAAGUUUCCAACCUCAUCUUCAAAAAAAUCCAACAUACUGAAGAACAAAUAGACCAAACUCAACAAGACACACCAAAAUAUGAAAAACUCGCCGACAUAAUCUCUUCAGAAUUCGUCACUCUUUUGCUUUUCAAAUUACUUUACUUCACUUUUCUUCUCAUCUUUUCUCUUCUCUCUACAUCAGCUAUUGUUUACACAACAGCAUCAAUUUUCACUUCCAAAGAUGUUUCAUUAAAAAAAGUGAUGAAAAUUGUUCCUAAGGUUUGGAAGAGACUUAUAGUAACAUUUUUAUGUGCCUAUGCUGUUUUCUUUGCUUACAAUUUUGUAACAUUUGUUGUUAUAAUUUUGUUAGCAAUAACAAUUGGUAUAAAAAAUGGUGGGGUGAUUUUAUUUAUUUUUAUUAUGAUAUUUUAUUUCCUUGGAUUUGUUUACUUAACUUUGAUUUGGCAACUAGCUAGUGUUGUCACAGUGUUAGAAGAUUUUUAUGGAUCUAAAGCUAUGGUGAAGAGCACAGAAUUAAUAAAGGGGAAAAUGGGUUUAUCAAUAUUUAUAUUUUUGGUGCUUAAUGCUUCAUUUGUUUUGAUGAGGUUGAUUUUUAAGGUUGUGGUUGUGGAUGGAACAUUGUGUUUUGGUUAUGUGGACAGAACAGGUUAUGGGAUACUAAGUUUAUUGUUGCUGUCUUGUUUGUUCUUGUUUGGGCUUGUUUUGCAAACUGUUCUUUAUUUGGUUUGCAAGAGUUAUCAUCAUGAGAAUAUUGAUAAGUCCGCGUUGGCUGAUCACCUCGAAGUUUAUCUCGGAGAGUAUGUGCCGUUGACGGCUAAAGAUGUUCAGCUCGAGAACUAUCGUAUAUGAGUAGGAAUCGAAUUCGGUACUUCAAGUUUACAAAUACUAUAUUUUUAUGUUAGAAUUUAGAUUAUUACAUGUACAAUGAAACAUUAAUAAAUGUAUGAGUUUAUUGAUUAUAUUGUUGUUACAUCUUUUGUGGUUUGUUGAUUGAUGUAAAAGAAAAUUUAUUUUGUAUGAAAUUAAGAGAGGUAUGAAGUGAAUUCCAAUGGCUACUAUUCUAUCUA